UACACCGCUCUGGGUUAAUCCACGACCUUCGACAUUUCACACACAUCGUCUGCCCGACCACGCUGUGGGUGCUGCCGGUAGAAUGAGCUGUGAGAUCUGUGAGCAGGUUAAAACCAAGUAUACAUGUCCACGAUGCAGCGUAAAGACGUGCAGCCUUCACUGUGUAAAGAGGCACAAGGCCUCCACCAACUGUAGUGGAGUCCGUGACAAGACCGCCUACGUGUCUGUUAAGGACUUCACAGACCGGCAUCUACUCAGCGACUACAGGUUCUUGGAGGAUGUUGAUCGCAAAGCCUACAGCGCCAUCACUGAUGAUACGCCCGGGUGGCAUCCAUACAAGAAAAAGUUCAAUCAACUGCGAAAUUUGUGUCAAUCUCGCAGCACAUCUCUGAAACUCCUCCCCCCGUCCUUCAGUCGACACAAAGAAAACACCACCUGGGUCAACAAGAGAGAAAGAGUUAUCAAUUGGAGAGUGCAUUGGAAGUUCCCUCAGAGUGAUGCUGAAUACAUCGACAAAAGUGUCCGUGAAGAUCAAACACUGUUUGAUAUCCUGGCUACUCAUCUUGAUCCGGUCAAGGGGGAUCCAGUUCACAGGCAAAGGUUGAAGAGGUACUGUCAUCAAGGUUUUGAAGAACUCCGAUUGUACAUGAAGGUUGAGGGAAGACCAGCUAAUUCCUUAAGGUACCACAAGCUGGACUUGAACGCCAUGCUGCGAGAGAACCUGAGCGGCAAGUGCCUGAUAGAGUUCCCCGUCAUCUAUGUGGUACUGAAGGAGUGGGCAGAUGGUUACGAAGCGCCCGAGCAGGUUCAGAGUACAAGCCGUGUUGCACCGCAGGAGUCCUGGCCACAGCGCUGCAGUCAGGACCCUGCAGAAUGGGCUACUGAGGACACACUCCCCAACUAUGGCUACAAAAGACAAGCUAAGAAUGACACAUCAGAGGACUUACCCGCCAAGGAGGUCACAGAAAUGGCUAAUGACACAGGAACGGGACCAGGAUAUACUGAGGACUCACUAACAGAGAAGGAUCCGGCUGAAGAUGUUUGGAAGUCAUCAACCUGAAAAAUGAAAGGACUGCCACUGGAGAAGAAUCUGUCCAUGCUUCUUACCCCGUUGUUCAUAUUUUGUUUUACACUGAGAACCUGAUCUUCCAACCGAAUUUAAAAAUUACCGGCACAUUUCCUUAUCUCAAGACUUAGUCCCAUUGUAGCACUGCCUACCCCGAGUUGAUUUUGAAGUAAAAGGAUCGAAGACGUCAAGGUGUAUGUAAUGUUGAAAGCAGAAUUCAUCAUUGCAGUAAAAAAAAGGGGAAGAUGAGCCUCGUAAACUUCAGGGUGCAUUGAUUUGCACUGUCUCGCAUAAUCGGAUUUUCUUGAACGAUAUGUAUGCUUCCCUAAUAUAUUUGUGAAGUCAGCAUUUUUCACAAGAUGUACUCCAUUAAGCCCUCAACUCUGUACAGUGCACUAAGCUUUCAGGUAGACUCACAUGCUGUCUGGGACGUAGGCCUGCAGGGCACUGUCACAUCACAUGAUCAGCUGGUAUGAGACAAAAUGGAGAUCGCAGACCGUGUAUAGAAAAAAAAAAAAACAGCUUUCAUCAGCAUUUCAGCGGGUGUUUGCGGUGCUCAUCUAACCUCGACCUUGCGCGGGACUUAACGGAGCGGGGCAUCGCUUCACGGCCAUGCCGAUGCAUCUGGGUCAAGUGGGCUUCAGUGGGCGUCGGAGUGUGCUUCAACGUGCAUUGAUAGGCGUGAGGCACCGUCAGAGGAGAGUGGAGCGUGAAAAUGCUACCUCGAGCGGACUGGGUGCUGAGAACAAAAUAUUUUCACAGAAAAUAUGAAGGAGUGAGGUUGUGAUAAUGAGGGACUUUAACAGUGUUGGGGGGGGGAAUGAGUAUCAAAAGACCUUUAGUCUUCAAGGGCAGAUGAGGGAGGGCAUGGCCCCAAAACAACCGAUUAGGCAAAGUAAGCUUCUUCGCCUCUGUACCUUUUAAGUGUAGCACCCCCCCCCCAAAAAAAAGGGUCUGGAACUGCACUUUUUUGUCAUGCAAAGUUUGGAAAUGGCCAUGAGACGCGCACAUGUUUACAAAUUUUUAUGGACAAAAGCAAACGGCUGUUUUCAAGAGUAAUGUUUGAUUUUGCAAAUCUAGUUACUGUUACUGAUUCUGUGGAUGCAUUAUUUUAUAAUCAGUUUGUCUUUCUGAUCUGAGGUGUGGUCUUGUUUUUCAACAAUCAAUCCAUUUUGUAUUCGUAAAUAUGUAAUUGAUCAAUCAAUUACAGUGGUGUAACGGGGAAGGGUUGUACCUCCCCUCUCCACUGAACUCUGUGCUCCCAGUUCCCAUCCCCCAUGACUCCUUGAGAAAAAAAAAGGUGUUCCUAGGGUCGAUUGAUUGAGAUUAUUGGUUAUUCAUUUUAAUAAAGGGAUGUUUGUUUCAACAGGUUCAUUCCAUUCCAGCUUUUUCGUCUAAAAGAAUUAUUUUGUUGAUCGCUCACUUUUUUCAAACCUUACGCUUCCUUGUUGAGAUGUGUGAAAACCUCAAUUAAAAAAGAUAAAGGUCGGACCAUAAA